CCUCAGCCAAUCAGAGAGGGCUGGGGCGGCGCCUGCUACAGGGCUUAGUACUGCAGGGCUCUGCGCGGGAACGCUAACCUGGUGCGGAGCGAGCCUGGGUGUCAGCCCAGCAUACGGCCUUUCACGAGUCUUCAAGCUUUCAGGCUUUCUUCUAGUCAAGAUGAGUGAUAAACCAGACUUGUCGGAAGUGGAGAAGUUUGACAGGUCAAAACUGAAGAAAACUAAUACUGAAGAAAAAAAUACUCUUCCUUCAAAGGAAACUAUCCAGCAGGAGAAAGAGUGUGUUCAAACAUCGUAAAAUGGGGAUCUCCUCCAAAGAGCAGAUUUCAACAUUGUCUGACAGUCUUGGUUUUAGGUUUGUUUUUUUGUAACCCUAUGUGUUUGUAAAGAUUUCAGGCAUCUUCUGAUUUCUUCUCAACUGUAUUCCCUGGCUAAGAGGUUGGGGUAGUGAAUAUUUCCUUAAGUUCCUUUUUAAACUUCCCAUUGGUAUGUAAAUUCCAAAUGGCAGAUGCUGUCAAUAAUCUUGCCAUUGAUGACCUUUGUAUGUGUAGUCCUUGCAUCUCAUACAGGAUAAGCCAAUUUUAACCUUCUACAAUGGAUGCCUCAAUUGUUUUGUAAUCUUCAUGAAGUUGCAUCCUUUUGCAGCUUCUUAUAGUUUAUUUUCACUUCCAAUGUAGCAA